UGUGAGGAGGCGUGCGUAUCCCAUGUUGCACUAGUGUCGGUGUGAAAUGCUGGCCUGUCUGCCAGGACCAGGUGACCUCUCCAUCCAGCUUCUCUCCCACACGCAGAUGAACACUGGACUUCAGAAAUGGGACACUACACAGAGGAUGAGAUCCGCUCAGUAUCCAACCCCUGCGGAAUUGGAUGCUUAUGCUAAGAAGGUAGCCAGCAGCCCACUGACCAUCAAGAUCUUCCCCAACAGCGUCAAGGUCCCCCAGAGGAACCACGUGCGCCGCACCGUCAACGGCCUGGAUACGUCAGGCCCGCGCUACAGCCCGUACCCGCCCGCCCAGGCCGGCGGCAAGACCGGCCUCCUCGCCAUCGUCAAGGUACCCGUCGCCAAGGGCAUCGUCAAGGACUUCGACGGCAGCCGGGCUCGCCUGCACCCGGAGGUCAUCAUGAACGCGGCGCCGCGAGGGCCGUACGCGGCCCCCUCCGCCUCGGCUAGCACUUUAAACCUGCACCACCCGCCUCCAGGCCUGCAGAGGGCGCCACAGCAGCAGCAGCAGCAGCAGCAGUCAUCUCAGCAGCAGCAGCAGUCGGCAGGGCUGUCACACCCACAGACUCUCCAGCCUCACCCCCAGCAGGGCCCUGCACCACACCAAGCCCUCAGGCACCCUUCCGCCAUGCCCCAGCCGCACGCCCAGGGCCCCAUGGCCCAGCCACAGACUCUCUCCCACCCCAACGUCCUGGGCCACCCAGGCCAGGGGCCCCCUGCUGGUCUGCUGCAGCAACAGCAGCAACAACAACAACAGCAACAACAACAGCAACAACAACAACAACAACAACAACAACAACAACAACAACAACAGCAGCAGCAGCAGCAGCAGCAGCACCUUCAUCAGCCCCCGGCCGGCCUGCAGCCCGCGGGCGGCCGCAAAAUGGCCGACUCGGACGCUCCGCCGAACGUGACCGUCUCUACCUCAACCAUUCCACUGUCCAUGGCGGGCGGCUUGCACCAGGGCCGGCAGCCCGACCUGAGCAGCAUCGUGCACCAGAUCAGCCAGUUCUGCCAGGCGCGGGCGCAAGCGGCCGGGGCCACCUCCAUGUGCGAGGGCCAGAUCGCCAACCCCAGCCCCAUCAGCCGCAACCUCCUCAUCAACGCCAGCUCCCGCGUCUCCAUGCUCAACAACAACAACAACAACCACCCCCACCACCACCACCACCACCAUCAACAUCAACAACAACAGCAGCAGCAGCAGCAACAACAACAACAACAACAACAUCAUCAACAACAUCAACAUCCCCACCAACACCACCACCCCCACCACCACCACCCGAACGCCCCCCCAGGGCUCAUGCACCCCUCCUGCAUCAUGACGCCCAUGGACAAAGCCGGCCCUCAGGGCCCCGUCGGGGCAGUGCACCCUCCCAACAUGGCCGCCAACAACCGGAUGUCUGUGUACCACAGUGACAUGAAGCCACACCAACAGCACCUCCAGCAGCAGCAGCAGCAAGGUCAGCCACCACCCCAGCAGCAACAACAACAACAACAACAACAACAACAGCAGCAGCAGCUUCAGCAGCAGCAGCAGCAACAACAUAACCACCAUCAGCAGCAGCUGCGCUCGUGGAAUCAGCACCAGCUGGCUCACCUGCAGCACCUGCCGGAGGCCGGCGGUCACCCUUGCAAGCACCCGCCGCGGGACCCCGGCUUCCCCUGCAAGGGGGGCUACCCGGCGGAGCUGUGCGGGGGCCAGCACUACGCCUACAAGGCCCUGGUGGACAAGCCCACGCCCUCGCCGCCCGUCAUCAACAACCACAACAACAACGGCAUGCCCCCGGGGGCCUUGGGGCCGCACUACACCAACGGGCACUACUUCCAUCAUCAUCAACAACAACAACAACAACAACAGCAGCAGCAGCAGCAGGCGGUGUGGAGCAGCAUCCUCCCCACGCCCAACAGCGACAGCUCCGGGUCGCAGGACCUGGCCGUGCCAUUCCACGGGGUGUCGGGGGCCGCCAACGCUGCCGCCGCCGCCGCCGCCGCUGCCGCUGCUGCUGCUGCCGCCGCCUCAGCCGCCACGGCCAUCGACUGCGGGGGGGUUCACUACCGGCCGGGGGUGGGGGGCUCCUCCUCCUCCUCGUCCGCCUCCUCCUCCGGCCAGACUAAUCUGAUGCAAACGGCGGAUUACUUGGGCGGGGGGGACUUCCAGACGCCCUGCUUCCGAGAUCAGAAUCUCGGGCUGAUGGGAAAGAUGCACAGGCCUCCUGCCCUGGGCAGGCCAGUCCCAGAGGCCCACGGCCAGCACCCAGGGUACAGAUAAGCUAGAGCCAAGUCUCCACUGCAGUUAGCCAACACAUACAUACAUACAUACAUACACCUUCUGUUAGUCUUAAACAAAAGAGGAAGAAAGAAGAAAAAAAAAGAUUUAAAAACACAAGUUAAAAAGAAGAAGAGUACAAUUAAUAAUGAAUUAAAAUGACAACUUAAAAGUUAACUUUAAAAAAAAAAGAAUACAAAUACAUUUAACAAGAGCAGUGUUUUUCCAUUAUUUUAUUGUCAAUCUUGCAAGUGAUCAAUUUUUCACCUUUUCAGUUCUAUCUAUCGAUUUUUUAAUUUACCAGGCACCUUAGGGAAGUGUUGUUAUGUUGUUAUUCCCCUCCAUCUUGUUCCCCAAAUUCUUGCCGUGUUGCUCCGUGCCUGAAUUUGAAGUACAUUCGAGAUAUUUCUACUUCAACCCUACGUGAGCGGUGUCUCCUGAAACAGCAGACUGAAUCCUGAUAUUUUCGUUUGAGGAGUAUGAUGUGUCAAAGUCUAAGAUAUGUUAUGAAUCCACAUCAGGAUUUCCUCUCCGUUUGAAGUUUACAUAUCUCACCUGUCUGGACAUCAAGAAUAGACACUCUUGAUGUUCGCUCGCCCUGCCUAUGGCUUCCCUUCAACUGAAGAAGCCCUUCCUUUAGUUAUCUGGUCUGUGCAAGGAAAUGUCAGUCAUUGCACAGCUUGAAUUGAAUGAAGGGACAGGCAUAAAAAGGCCACUUUUUUUUCUUUUUUUUUUUUUCUUUUUAAUCAUAUAUUUGAGAGAUGGAACAGCUUGAAUCAGGUCCAUGCUGGAUCGUCUCAGUUAAGUGCUAAUUUCAUCAGGAUGUUUGAGCUAGCUGAUUUUUAAACAUAUUUAUCCAGCAGGGAAUCAAAGUGGGAGUGCUUAGUUUUUUGCUGAGAAUGCUGCAAAAAAAUACCAACAAAAUAAAAUUCAGGUGUUCAGGUUCCUAUCACGAGUCCCUAAUGCCAACAGACAUGGCAGUAUGACUGUGGAUAUGUUUUCUUUUCCAUUCGCAAAAAUGACAGUGAAAAACACCUUGUCAUAGAACCCUCAGAAGUUGAAGUGAGAUGAUAUAUUGAGGAAUUGGUUUUCAUGGGGUGCCAUUUAUACUUGUUUUGUUACAGAAAAAAAAGAAA